ACCCAGCCCACUCCUGGAGAUACGCACAAAGCCCAAACCAGAAUGAGCAAGACAGGCGUGCUGUUUACGGAAAUCAAACCUCCGGGAUUCAAAGAGAUUCAUUCCAACUACCAUCUACUUCAUUGUCCAUCAUCUCUUCCAAUUUGGAUCAGCAUGGAUUACGAUUUCAGGAACAGAACUCCUUACGAUACACAAUUGCCCAUGUACGGUAGACCAUCAACUACCGCUCCGCAUCCACAGCCACAUCCCAUGUACGGUGGACAUUAUCCUAGGGUUGGUCAACACUCCGGUGGUCGGAACCCUCCUCUUCAUCACGCGCCCUCUCCCUUUCCCUCUUCAAACAGUAUGUAUUUCCUCCAUCUUUCAUUUAUCUGUUUACAUGUCAAUUUCCAACUAGGGGAAGGCAUCAGAGUUGCUAUUAAACCUGAAUAUCGCAUUACACCUCCGCCUCAAUUAUCAACACAAGUGGGAGACAUUCCACGAAGCACAUUCAACUUUGAUUUUGACCUUGAGAAAAGGAUUUUGGCCGAAGCAGAAAAGGAAACCCAGAACUGGAGCACGCUAGGGCUGGAAAAUCUUCCACCUAGAAGGCCAGAACAAACAAACAUGGGAUUCACUGGAGAUCCUGUUUUGAGCAAAUACACAACAUCUGGUUUCAAUAGAGAGGCUGUGGCCCUAGCAGUUGCAAAUUAUGGAGAUAAUCCGAUCAAGGUCAAGGAAUUUGCGGAGGGAUAUACUCUCUUGAAGGAGAUGGGAUUCUCAUCAAAUAGCGUUGCAGAUGCCUUACUGAUGAAUGAGAACGAUAAAGACAAGGCAGCAGCUCAGUUGCUCGGCAGUUCAUCAUAAUAAUAUUUAUGAGCAUGUAAUAAGGGUGUCAAUACAUUAUAAUGUCAUUGUAAAUGUAUGUUGAGCCAUAUAUGCGUGUAUAAGUCCUAUUAACUUUAGAUAAGUGACGUUUGGCAUUAAUUUGAUAACUACAGGUUGCGAUAAGCAAAACUGGCUGGUAGUGAUUAUUUUUCUUCCAUGUCAA